CCUCUCCUUGAUCUCCAUGCAUCCAGUGCUACCAAGUUGAGUCUAAACAGCAUCUUGUGAACACGCAAGAACCAGCAAUGGGGACUCUGCCUCGAGGCCUGCUUGUCGGCAUCUGUGCCGUCCUGUUAGCAGCGGUCUUCGCCGAUGCCGCGGGGGGUGAGGCGGCCUCCAUGGUCGUCGGCUUGGCCAAGUGUGCCGACUGCACAAGGAAGAACAUGAAUGCUGAGGCUGUUUUCAAGGGCCUUCAAGUGGCUGUCAAAUGCAAGAACACUGACGGCAUGUUCGAGACCAAGGCCAUCGGCGAGGUUGACAAGUCCGGCACCUUCAGCGUCCCCCUUGCAGCCAACCUCCUCCGCGAGGACGGUGAGCUGAAGCAGGACUGCUUCGCGCAGCUUCACAGCGCGUCCAACCAGCCAUGCCCCGGACAGGAGCCGUCCUGGAUCGUCGGGCCAUCCAGCAAUGACAACAAGAAGACCUUCCUUGCAGUCGCCGGCAAAAUGCACUACUCGUCCAAAGAGUGCGCCUCGGCAUUCCUCUGCGACCCUUUCCACAAGAAGCACCUCUUCCACAAGAAGCCCAUCGUGAUCCCUCACAUCCACAAGAAGCCGGUGCCAGAGUACAAGCCGACGACACCAGUGCCGGUGUACCACCCAACGCACGUGCCGACCUACAAACCACCCACUCCGGAGUACUCGCACCCAUCGCCAACUCAGGUCUACCAUCCUCCUGCUGACCAGAAGACCCAGAACCCCGAGAUAGACACUGAGAAGUUCAAGAAACUGCUCCCCUUCAUCAAGAAGAAGCCCUUCUUCUUCCCCAAGUUCAAGAAGUUCCCUCCUGGCAAGGAGGAAAUCAAGGCUUAGAAAGAUUGGUGAGACACGAAGCAUAGUUGGUUGGUCUGAAUCUAUUGCUAUGUAAUGUUGCAUGGUUCCUUACCUCUUUUGGUCUUUUGAGUGUUUGUCAACUCUUACAGGCCUCCACCUUAUACAAAUAAAGCUUUUGUUCUAAGGAUAUUGGCCUGGAUGUAACAACCUUAAUUUACUGGAUACAUAUAUAAAGUUCCAGAUGUCCUA